AUAAUUCAAUAAAAAUGCAUAAUAAAGAAGACAAAACGGAACGGAAAAGGCUUUGAGUAACAUGAACAAUACAGAGUUUUGGAAAAUGUUCAUAUUUAAGAUAUUCAUAAUAGUGCUUUACGUCACGCAUGGUGUACAUGUAUGGAGUCGUUAAAUCCAUCCUCAACUAAGUUGAAAACGAGAUAGCAGUUGCACUUUAAUAUCACGUGGAAGAACUUACUGAUGUGAUGCAGUGACAGUGAUUUUCAAAAUCUCGGUUGUUCAGUACAACUUCUUGUGGUCUUCCAAAAGGUUUUUGAAUGAAAAGAAAAAUUAUUUCCUAUGAAUUUGAAACUAAUCCUUCUUAUACCAGUGUAUGCUGUCACAAUUAGUUCAUCUUUUCCACUUGUUUCACGAACUGGUGAAAUAAGUGACACACGAUUCCAAAAUUUUGUAGAAGAGAAUAACAAUGAUUCCUUUAAUACGUUACAUAUGGAACCCCGGCAGAAAAGGCAAUUAAAUUUAUUUGGAUCAGACAGCAGAUGGGCCCAAGUAUUAAGACGUGUUUUUGCUGAAAUAGUGAAGCAAGUAAGAAAUGCUCUACAAAAUAGAGGUUAUGGUAAUUCUCGUUUUAUGAAUGUGUUCAACGAAUUGCUAAGAAGAUUAACGAAUGAGGACCCAGACAACAACGAUUCUUCUUCGUCGCAAGAUUUUGUAGACGGAUUACGAAAACUCGCAAACGAUGGAAUCAAUCAAUAUUUGAAAAGAAUUGGCUUAAAUGUGCAGUAAUUGACUAUAUUUUUACUGAAAAUGUAAAUUUUUUUUAUGUACUAAGGCCUUGUUUAUGUAAUAAAUCUUCUUCUGUUUUCA